CUACGUGAGAAGCUUCCGUUUCACGGCCGGCGUCCAUCUUCGUCAUCGCUGUGUAGCGUGAGUUCAACACUGCCACACACUACACAGUUUUGGUUGAGACUUUUGGAGCAGUGCUUUGUGCGGCUACAAAAAAGAGCUGCCCGUUCUUUAAAAACAGAACGACAUCACAACAGUAUUAUCUUUAGGCUAAACGCGGGCUCAGCUACAUUGCCCGUUCUAAUAAAUAACUCAACGAAAUUAUUGCACUUGGGUCAAUCAGCGAAGGCAACCAUGGCUGACGUUGUUCCAACCGGAAUGCCUAGAGGUGGAGGCGGUGGAUUUCGUGGACGAGGUGGUCCACCCCGGGGACGCGGUGGAUUUGACCGCGGCGGCAGAGGAGGCCCCCCACGAGGAGGUAUGAUGAGAGGGCGAGGAGGACCUGGUGGAAUGAGAGGUGGUCCUCCUGGUGGAAGAGGUCGAGGAGGUCCCCCAAAUAGAGGACGUGGUGGGCAUUUCCCCCCUGGAGGACCACCUGACAAUGGUGGAGUAGGAGCGCCAGGGGCACCCAGAGGCCGUGGUAACGGAGGUGGAUUUAGAGGUAGAGGUCGUGGCGAUUUCGGAGGACGUGGUGGUGGUGGUUUCAGAGGUCGAGGCGGCCUUGGUGGUGGUGAUAGAGGUGGUCGUGGUGGUCGAGGUGCACCUCGUGGAGGACCUAUGGGAGGUGGACGAGGUAAUGGUGACCGUGGUAGAGGUAUGGGAGGUCGAGGAGGUCCACAAAAGCGAGGAGGUGGACCACCAGUCUCUGUAGGGCCACCAAAGAGGCCACGAUUUGAUGCUCCACCUGCACCCCCAGCAAAUGGUUAUGCUCCACCUCCAGCUCCAGGUUACGGAGCUUCAGGUAAUGGGUAUGCUGCUCCUCCACCACCUGCUCCAGGUUAUGGUGCUAGUUAUCCACCCCAGCAAGGAUAUGCACAAGGCUACCAAGGCUAUGAAAAUUACCAGCAACCACCAGAGUAUGCGCAACCACCUGGUUAUGCACCAGCUCCCCCACCCCCAGACAACAGAUAUGGUGCCCCACCAGUAGCAAAUCCAGGAUAUGCAGAUCCUUAUGGUUAUAAAGCACCUGCUCCAGAUACAUAUGCAGCCACAUAUCAACCUGAAGCAGUUGACAGCGGCUACUAUAAUUAUUCUUCAGGUUAUGAUUAUCAGGGGCAAAAUACUAACUAUACACCCAUGAAUUAUGGAGCGAACUAAGUAAAUAAAACCAAAUCUACCAUCUCAUGAUUAAGCUGUUCAUGGAGAUGGCUAAGGAGUCGAUUUGGUGUCUCUGUCAAUGGUGAGUACUGUUAUUGAAGAACAAAGAAAAUUCCUUACCUCGAAAAUUGCGUAUUACAUCGCUGAUAGUAAUUUUGCUUGUCAUGAAGAUAAAAUUUUUUAAUUUUUAAAUUCUCAAAAAUGCAAAAUUACUUUUAGUUGUGUCGACUUCUUAGAAUAAAUAGGAAAAUCUAAGUUUUAUGUUAGGUUCAUAUCACAGUACUUGUCAUCCAAAAAAUUAUUGCGAAAAUAAAACCGUAAAUUAGCAAAUCUCAAUGGGUUUUGCUCAAACCCAUUUUUUAUGAAUGUUUGAUGAUUGCUCUUAAGUAUGUAGACAAAAGAAAGUGAGAUGUGAGAUUUUUUUAAAUGAAAUCAUAUGCUUUGUAAAUAAAAUAUGAAUGUAUGAAAGCUUGAUAACUACAGUUAACAUUUUAAAGACAAUAUCCAACUUGAACAAUUUUAUUUUGAUUGCUUAAAACAAUACUGAGACACACUACAACAAAUAACAUUGUGAGCAAGCAUACAAUGCUAGCAAUGAUCUCUAUAAUGUUAUUUUUUAAUAGACAACUAAUACAACAAAAUAAUGAUUGUAAGUCACAGAAAAGCUCAUUUGAUAUAUAGGGAAUAAUGAGUUAAAAGACUUAAUGUCACAAGAAUUCAAAAGAAAUUGUAUACAACAAUUAUUGAUAGUCUCUUUUGAGCAAAUGAAAUAUAUUAUCACUUUUCUUCAUUCUUAAAUGUCAUUAGGGCUGUACAUUACAGUAUUCCUCGCGAGUGGCAACAAUUUUUACAAUUUUUUUUAUAAUCUUUUAAUAAUUAACAUCAAUGUUUUUAAAAUAAGAAACGAACUUGAUUUGUAAAAUAAUUAAAAACAAGGGAUUUAUUUGUGUUUGUCACGCGCUAGGAUAUUUGAUAACUAUUCAAAAUUUUAGAACAAAAUAAAUAUUUAUUAUCACUAUUACAUUUUUAUAAUUAAAUGAUACAUAAAACAACACUUAGUGUACAUUAGUUCAAGCAGUUAGUAGCAGUAGUACUUGUCAAUUUACUAUAAUUGCUAUUCAAAUAUUGAAAUCCAGAUAAUAAAAAAUAUAUAUGUACAUGAUUUAUUUAUUUAAAAAAAUAAAUCUUGUUGAUGAAAUUUUUACCUUACAUUGAAGUGUUUGUACUUCUACAUUUUGCGUAGAAAAAUUGAUGAAAAAAUCAAAUUCUCAUCAAGUACCAAAAAGUUGGUUUUUACCUAAAUAAAUAAUUUCAAA